AUGACUAGCAUAGCUCACCCGUCUGGACGAAACACACCUACCAUUCAGACCUAUUUGAUUGUCAGUGCAGUAGCAACAACCAACCAACCAACCAACCAACCAUCCAACCAGCCAGCCAUUCAGCCAACCAUGCAGCUAAUUGAAGGUGCUCCGUCUCUGUCGGUCGUCUGUCUGCUAGGGCAAACAACUGACAAGGUGUUGCAGACUAUUCGGUUAUUUCCCUUUCCACGUGCGGCCACUGCCGAGAGCCCUCCACGAGAAGCAGCAGCAGCUAGCAGACCGGAUCCAGAACAACAACCUGCGAUACGCGCCGUACUACUGGGCAUAGUUUCAGUGCCAGUGCUGAUGCUCCUCGCAAUAGAUGCCGAAGACGGCAUUCUUCAAACUCAUCAAAUCGCUACAAAAUACGGAUAUAGAACGGAAGUCCAUAGAGUGGAAACCCACGAUGGAUUCGUUGUAGAAAUGCAUCGACUGUCGGCAUCCCCAAUGACAGGUGAAUAUGAUUCCGACAAACCACCAGUAUUUAUUAUGCAUGGCUUGCUGGGAUCAUCGGCAGACUGGAUUUUGAUCGGCCCUCAAAAUGCCCUUCCUUAUUUACUUUCGGAUCGCGGAUAUGAUGUUUGGCUUGGCAAUGCUCGAGGAAAUCGCUACAGUCGGAAACAUAGUUAUUUAUCGAUAGAAACGAAAGACUACUGGGACUUCUCUUGGCAUGAAAUUGGUAUCUACGACGUUCCGGUGAUGAUCGAUCAUAUCCUACACAUCCGAGGAGUUAAUCGAUUGCACUACAUAGGACAUUCUCAGGGUACCACUGCGUUUCUCGUGAUGACAUCUUUGAAGCCCGAAUUCAAUGAAAAAGUUAUAAAACUACACGCGCUGGCACCUGCUGCAUAUUUAUAUUAUCUUAACAACCCCUUAAUGCGAUAUCUUGCAACGCAUUUACAAACAGCAACGGCUGUCGUUAAUAUCUUGGGAGUCAAUCAGGUCAUGCCGGCUGCACCUUUCUUCAACCACCUGGCUAACCUGUUCUGUCCGAACAAUAGAGAUUCCUGUGUGCACACAAUGUUUCUUCUAUCUGCUGCCGGUGCGUCCAUCAAGCAGUUCAUCCACUUCGGACAGAUGGUUCAGUCCGGACACUUUCGGCAGUUCGAUUAUGGAUCGUCCAACAACUCCCAAAUCUAUCAGUCAUUCGAACCGCCGGAUUACAAUCUUACGUAUGUGCGUGCUCCGGUCGCUAUUUACUACGGAUCGAACGAUCAGCUUACCCAUCCCAUCGAUGUUCGUCGACUAGCCCAGGAACUACCGAACCUGGUUAUACUGAAGCAAUUUCCCUACAAUCACAUGGACUUUCUGCUGGCCGCCGAUGCGAAGGAUGUACUGUAUGAACAUAUUUUGGCCAGCAUCGAAACGGACAGUUUGUUCGCGAAUACUACGAUUUAAAUUUGUCACAUUGUGUUUUUUUUUUCAAUUGUAUAGAGGGUUUUUACCUUUUGGGUUAGGAAAGCUCUCUGGGCCUAUGACGAAUUAGGAAUCGAACGGUGAGUUUAAGGUAAUUGUAUAUAUAUUUUUAAUUUUAGAACCGAAGAUUGAAUAUUCAUAAAAGAAUGAUACUCAAAAAUACUAA